UCAUCUCAGAAAAAUCAUUCCAAUAGUCAUGCAACUCUUUGCACGAGUCUAUCCAUGAUUCAUGUAACUUGGCAUUUGGCAUACAACUAUUUCACCGAAUGUUCUCGAGGAUUAUUCUAAAGCAUCAAGCAACGAUCUCCAAGGUUUUCAGGAAAACUAUUCGAGGUGGGAGUGCAAAAAGUGCAGUUUGAGAUUCAUCAAGCAGCCCAAGUUUAUAAAAUUUUGCAACAAUUCUUCAACUAAAUUUUGGAAAAUUUUCUUCCAAAUACUGGAAACAAUCGCCAUCUUUGUCCAGAGUUUUGACAUACUGCUAUAUAAGACCAAGCUUGAUGUGAAGUGGUGGUAGCAGAUAUUUCGAAGGAUCGAUCAAUGAUCUUGCUCGAGUGAGCUAUUGGAAUAGGAGCAUAUGUGUUUCUGGUGUGGAGUAGAACGGCUUUGAGACUUCUUUUUGACGAAUCAAUGAAAAGUCGCCGCUCUUCGUUUUUGUAUACGGUCUGUCUGAAUAUAUCCAUCAAGCCUUUCACAUUUGAACAGUGCACCAAUGAAUUCUCUUCGUCAUUUGUGAAGAAUUGCCGAAACUCCUUCUUCCUGUCACGAUAAAAGGCAUGGAUUCAAGAAAGUUGGGGUCGAUCAGAGGCAUCCCAAUGAGAUGCGGAGGGCUGCAUAUCGGAUUGGAUUGAGAGUCUGGACCGCUGGCUGAGAAGCUGAGUACCAACAUGGGACGGCUAAUUUCAUUCUGGAGCAAAUGAUGUAUUUAUACAUUGAGAUAAGUAUACAAUACAUUGAGCGAGGUGUAACCCUGAUAAAUAUUAUCCACAUAUUGCAGUGGAUGAGAUUCUUUUCAUCAAUUUUCUGAAGUUUGACAGGUUUGGGAGGUGAAAGUUCCAGUCCCCGAGUUUUGGUUGGUGAUUUAUAUUUAUCCAUUUGUAUAUUAAUUUAUUUGAUUUUCCCAACAGAAUAUACAACGACGCGAUCGGCAUUGCCUCGGUGAAUCCACUUGAUUAGGCAGAUAGUGAUGAAUCGUCGCACUGCCGGAUAUUGUGAAGAGAAAUUGCAGGGGACGGAAGGUACAUCGCGGAUGAGUCGUUCAAUUUGGUUACAUUUGGAGGGAUCACGGUUUUAAUGAAAUGAUCGGCAUAGGUUCAAAUAAUGAAAAGAGCCUAAUUAAAAUUAUAUUUUCCGGGCAUGGAUUCAAGAAAGUUGGGGUCGAUCAGAGGCAUCCCAAUGUGAUGCGGAGGGCUGUGUAUUGGAUUGGAUCGAGAGUUUGGAACGCUGACUGAGAAGCUGAGUACAAACAUGGGAAGGCUCAUUUCAUUCUGGAGCAAAUGGUGUAUUUAUACAUUGGAAUAAAUGAAGUGGGGUGUAACCCUGAUGAAUAUCAUCCACAUAUUGCAGUGGAUGAUUUUCUUCUAUAUUCUUUUAAUCAAUUUUCUGAGGUAUGACAGGUAUGAAAACACCAUGACGCGAUCGACAUUGCCUCGGUGAAUCCACUAGAUUGGACAGAAAGCGAUGACUCGUCGCAUUGCAGAAUAUUGUGAAGAGAAAUUGAAGGGGGCGGAGUGUACGUCGUGGAUGCGUCGUAUUCGAUUUGGCUGCAUUCAGAGCGCACACGAUUUUAGUGAGAUGAUCAGCAUAGGUUCAAAUAAUAAAAGAACCUAAUUAUAAUUGUUUAUUCCGAAACAAGUCAAGAUGACGAGUAUAGUAACAAAUUUCGUCCACGGUUACAGGGACGCGAUGGACAACAAGUCCGAUCCGAGAGUAAAGGAUUGGGCGAUGAUGAGCAGUCCGAUCCCGACAGCCCUGAUAUGCCUUUCGUACGUCUACUUCAGCAAAAAUUUGGGCCCGAGACUGAUGGAAAACAGGAAACCUUUCAGUCUCAAAGGUGUGCUCAUCGUAUACAAUCUCGUACAGACUCUCUUCUCUUCGUGGAUCUUUUACGAAUACAUGAUGAGCGGCUGGGCGAGAGGUUACAGUUUUCGAUGUCAGCCAGUCGACUAUUCGGAAUCGCCUCUCGCGAUGAGAAUGGCAAACACGUGUUGGUGGUAUUACUUCAGCAAGUUCACCGAAUUUUUUGACACGUUAUUCUUUAUCAUGAGGAAAAAGACCCAGCAAGUUUCUACACUCCAUGUUAUACAUCACGGUAUAAUGCCGUUUUCAGUUUGGAUGGGAGUGAAGUUUGCGCCAGGUGGACACAGCACGUUUUUCGCUCUUCUAAACACUUUUGUGCACAUCGUCAUGUACUUUUAUUACAUGAUUGCCGCCAUGGGACCCGAAUAUCAAAAGUACAUUUGGUGGAAAAAAUAUCUUACGACUUUCCAAAUGAUGCAAUUUGUGGCGAUAUUUGGACACCAGUUCCAACUUUUAUUCACCGAGUGCGAUUAUCCCCGUAGUUUUAUGGUCUGGAUCGGUCUUCACGGUGUUUUGUUCCUGGGUCUGUUCUCCGAUUUUUACAAGACGAAAUAUGGUCCAGGUGAUUCGAAGAGUUCAUCGGAUCGUCGUAAACGAGUCAACGGUGGUGGUGGUGGUGGUGGUUUGUGUAUGUCUGUCUAUUCCAACGAUGAUAAUACGAAAACAACACAGAACGGUGUUUCGUCGUACGCGACGAUAUACAACAAGGAGUACAACAGCUGUUAUAGCAACGGUACGAAUAACGGAUACGUGGCGAACAACAAUACAGAAAAAAAGUUAGCUUAAUGAAAGGAGAGCUAGAACGGAAGAGGGUUAUUCGAUCAGUCGCGUUCGUCAAAGGACACAAGCGAAUGACAAAGCGGGUGGAGUGUUUGGUCUGCCAUGGGGAAAAAGUACGAGUGUACCAAAAAUGAACAAACAGAACAAAUUGUACACAAGUACGAAAAAAAAUUCAAACUUCAAUAAAUCUAGGAAGGUUGAGACUAGAAUAAUAACUAAAUGAGAGAGAUGAUGAAUAUGCAAGCUGGCAGAAUUGGUGGAGUACAUGGUACACGAAAGGAGUAACACGAAGAAGAAGAAAAGGGACAAGAUGAAAAGGAGGAAGGAAUGACGUGCCAGGAAAUCCUCCGUGAUGCCGCACGCAUACGAACGCACGAAUGCACUGAAAGUACUAUUGACGCUCGCGCGCACACACACACACUCGCAUACACAAAUACAAUCGCAUAACAGCGCUUCAAUCAAGGCCGACUCCGAAAUACGUACUUUAGAUUCAUGUAUCCUCCGUCUCAAUCAUGUACAGCAGAAGAUUAGUUCAGAGAGAGAGAGAGAGAGAGAGAGAGAGAGAGAGAGAGAGAGAGAGAGAGAGAGAGAGAGAGAGAGAGAGAGAGAGAGAGAGAGAGAGAGAGAGAGAGAGAGAGAGAGUGGGAAACAGAAAAUUAAAAAAACUGUGACACAAAUAUGCGUGUAUAUGUUCGUGUGUAUGCGUGCGUGUGCCACAGAAAAACUAUAUGUGCGCGAGAAAUGAUUUGCGUAUUUGUCUGUGUGUGCGAUACAAUUUUGACGUAAAGGAAGAGAGAGAGAGAGAGAGUUAUUUGGCGUAAAAAGAACAAAUCCGAAACAAUAAGAAACACAGAAAGCAAAAAGAGUAUAGUAUUUAUACCAUUUAGAUAAAAAGUUAUUUGCGACUGAACAUGUGAUUUUUUUAGGGUUGAACGGAACCCAUUUUUCUCAUUCGAAGCCCUAUUUUUGUUCGUCUUCCUCUUUUCGCAGUUUUCCUACCUUGUACUUUAUGCUCUUUCCGGGUGUAUCGUUAAGCCAGCACAAGGAAUCAGACUCCUCUCAAUAUUUCUUCUACUCUCACUCUUCGUUACCCCUCCUCACUCAUUGAUUCAUUAAUUCUGUUACCUAUUCUUUUCUUUCUCUUGAAGCUUUUCUCCUCCUUCCCCCCAAUUCUCUUCCUCAUCCUCCUCGCCUCUCAACUGUGUUCAAAACUGCGAUAUUUGUGUCUCACGAAAACGUUGCAAACGAACUCUGAUAUGUUAGGCAAAAAUAACAUCAACCGAGAGACGAUGCGACGUUUAAAUUUUUUUUUGUAAGCAUUUCUCGAUCGAAAAUGAAUCAAUAUGAAACAACGUAAUAUAGAUACAAGGUUACCGAUAUUUGAUCGUGGAAAUUGCUGGGACUAUUGGAGUGAACGAUAAAUUGGAAUCUUAAUGAAUAAUGUAACGUUGAUGUGUUGAAGAAAGUUUCAUCGCCGUGCGAUUCUUAAUGACGACGUUGACGCGAAAUCACCAUUGCAUUUUUCGAACUGGUUGUUUGUACGUUUUAUCAUUUGAUAGCAUAAGCUUCAUUAUUUCGAGCAACGAAACUAUGGUAUUGAAGUUUUCAUCGUUGCAAUGUAACACAAUUGUUUCCUCAUUUUUUUUAUUCCGAAUUUAUUUCGUUCGUGCAGAUUCAGCAUAUAAUGACUCACUUUUUUAUGGACAUUAUAACGGACUUGAGGCUGAAGCUGCAGAUUAUAUUCAAUAAUUAUUGAACUGUUCGGUUAAAACGAUCGGAAAAUAUCAUUUUUCAUUCACUUCAAUCAGGGAUGCGAAUUGAUGAAUGAAAAUUCAAUAGAUUGUUCAAAAACCUGGCAACAGAUGGCGCACAUUUUGAUACCAUGAUAGAAUAAAAAAACAAAUCUCUCCUGAGUUUACGAAUUCAAUGACGUCUCGUUGUUCUCUUCGCUUCCACUCGAUUCGAAUUAUUUUGCCUCGAAGUUCAACGGAGUUCACCAAUUACAGUCGUAUUUUACAGUCGUACACUACGUGAUGGGACCAACAGCUAACAAUUUGUGAGGCAAAAUUGUUAUAGGACCGAUCAACCAUGUUUCGGAGCUUCGUUAAAGGCUUAUGUACUCUUACGAAGAACAAAUUACUAUUAGAUAUUUGAAUUUUUUAAUCGUAUACUUUUUUUAUUAUGAUGAAACAAUUUUGAUUUGCUCACGAUCUGCAGCAAUAUUUUAAAAAAUAAUCCUCCGACCGAAACAUCAUUCAAACGUGAUCUAAUAGUGAUUCAGGGAAUAUGUGAUUACGCAGAUAUUUUUUGAAUCGAUUCUCAAAAAUACUUAUCGCAAAAAAAAAUAGCACAAAUUCCUAUUACUUUACGCCUUUAAAUGUGAACGAAUGUUUAUUUAAACACGAAUAAUGUUGAUCAGCUUGAAAAAUUUGACACAAAAAAAGUUCUCACUUAGGCUAGUCUUAUACUUCAUAACUGUAUGUAAUCCCUUAAAGUCGCCCGAUCAACACCAUUCUGCAAUGUCAGAAUCAAGAUGGUCUGUGAGUAACGACCGAAGCGAAUUUUUUUACAAUUUAUCACAGAGGCAAAUAUGAAAGAAAGUUAUUGAAACGUAGCUUUGUGACAUACACGUAAUUGAUCGAUAUGCAGGGAUGAUUUCGAAGACCAGGCCACUCGUUCUCCUUGCAUGUCGAUCACUAAAAAGACAAACAUUUAAUCCUGUAAGCAAGAUAUUGGAUUCUGCUUUUUGUUUUUUUUUUCAUGGGAGAGAGAGAGAGAGAGAGAGAGAGAGAGAGAGAGAGAGAAUACGGUUCAAAAUGUAAAGAUUGUGAAUCAUUCUUCGACCGAUUUCAUUCACAAAACUUCCUACACCCCGAGUAAAAGCGUACUGAUAAUUACGAGAUGAAAAAACAAAAAAGAAGAAAAUCAAGAAUGGAUAUACAUUGCGAAGUCAACCCGAUUUCAUGACCGCUCGAUAUUUGACAUUGUACAUUUGAGGACUGAACGGACCGUCGAGAAAAUGCUACAAAUGAAUAUACAUUAUGUUAAAUUAUUAUGUAUAAUAAUUGUUAUUAUUGUACUAUAAAAAUCUAUUCGUAAUUAUUUAAGAAUAAAAUACACUUUUUUUAUUAUUUCAUCCAUCA